CCAGCCGGUGAUGGCAUGAGUUGGUGCAAAACGGCUGCAAUUAAAUGCCCGCUCACAGCGGAAUUAUGUUGCAUUUUUGAGUGCAAUUGACACAAUAGCUGGACGGAUGAGUUAGCUUUGGCGUCAGUUGCGUGAGGGAUUUCAAGUGAACAAACUCUUCCCGGUGCAGGUGUUUUCUGUGCUGCAAAAUGUGCUUACCGAGCCGAGCUUUUGGGUGGAUUUUGAUUGUAGCGGUUGGUUUGGAGGCAGCCGAAAGUGUCAUCAACAGAACGGAGUGUGAAAAGGAUGGAGCAUUUAACAUCACUGCAUACUACCAGAUGCCCUCGCUCUACCUCUACGAUGACUACGAUCGUUGCUUGGAAGAGUUCCCGGCGCGUGCAACCUACUGUCUGGUAGACAGCUGGAUCGUUCCCAACGACACCAUACCCCUAUGGACGGUGAUAGAGCAGUUUUCCAUCGACACGAAACGUAGCUUCCGGCAUGAUCGAAUACAGCGUGGCCUUUGCAUGAACCGGUGCCAGCAGCUAAUGAGCAAGUUCGAUCGACGCACCCAGAUGAAAUACUUCCAGUCACGGUUCGAAACGAACGAUUCUCGGAAGAUCACGUUCGAUCCGAAUACGUUCCGGGGGGCGCUCGAUUGGCGUAACCGGUACCGCCGCUUAGCCAAUCAAUGUGUCAAUUAUGAGCUGAAGCGUCAGUACUCCCUGAUGGCCUACAGCACCGUCGAAUAUUGUGUGACGAACCGGCAGGAAGCGGAACGGGACGACCAUGUGUCCGGGCUGGCAACGUCCUCGGAAGGCUUAGAUGCGAUUGAUGUGGUGUUUCUAGUUAUUCUGAGCCUUCUGUUCGUGCUGACGGUGAUCUCGACCACCUACGAUUGCUAUCGGUAUCGGCAAACGAAACCAUACGGCACCACCACGGAUGGAUUAAGCGAUUACUAUCGAUCGGGCAGCGAACGUUUCGGAGUGAGUCAAUGGACAGGUUUGCUGGUGUCAUUCUCGCUUCCCCGCAACUGGCAUCUGCUGACGACGACACGCAAAAAGGCGACCUCAUCCGCGAAAGAUUUGCGCUUCAUACAGUCGGUGCGGUUUCUCGUAAUGUACCUCGUCAUCGCUGGCCAUGCGAUGCUGUUUAAUUGCAUCUUUCCACUGCACAACCCACAGUACGUGGAGCUGAAUUAUCGCCGUUUCAUUACGAUGCUCAUAUUCAACGGUAUCACGGUGGUGCAAACGUACUUUACCAUUAGCGGAUUUCUGUUGGCCGUUCACUUUGUGGAUUUUGCCGAGAAGCAGCGGACUUUCAGCUUGAAGGACUUUCUCCAGAGUAUUGUAUACCGAUUUUUAAGAUUAACACCAGUGUACGCGUUUAUGCUGCUACUAGACGCUUCCUGGUUGAUCCGGCUGCAGGAUGGACCGAUCUGGAAGCGUGUCGCCGAAACGGAGCGUACCUACUGCCGAAGCAACUGGUGGGCCAAUGUGCUGUACGUGAACAACUACCUCACCGUAUCGGAACCGUGUUUACAACAGACCUGGUACCUUGCAACGGACUUUCAACUGUACAUUAUUGGACUCACCUUGCUCGCGGUUACAUGGCGCUAUCCGAAGCUUCUUAAACCUUUGCUAGUGUUGGCCGUGCUGGGAGCACUCGUAGUACCGGCUAUCGUCACAUACGUCAAUCGCUUCGAAGGAGUCGUAAUAUUGCGACCGGAAGCCCUCAAGUAUGUGCUGUGGUAUGAUGAGAUGUAUCGCAAGAUGUACAUCCCGACGCACACCAACUUUGGCAGCUAUCUGGCCGGGCUGAUGGCUGGCCUGAUGUACCACCGGCUAAAGCGUGCCAACUUUGUUGCUGUCCGCCAUAAAGGCUUUCUCGUUCUCUGGCACGCAUCACUACCAGCCGCGAUUGCCCUGCUACUGUCCGCGUACAUAUUUUAUGCGUACGAUUUUGAGAAGCCCGCCGUUUGGAUAGCCAUUUAUGCGGCACUUUCCAAAAAUCUCUGGGGCGCACUUUUUGGCGUACUGUUCGUUGGCGUUGCGUUCGGCGUUGGUGGAUUGCUUCGUGCCGCCCUUAAUAGUUCGAUCUUUCGGCCACUGGGCAAAGUGACGUACUGUGUGUUCCUGUGCCAUCUGUUUGUGAUUCGCGUCACGUUGGGCAAUGUGCGACAGCCAAUCUACGUUAGCGAUAUGCGAAUUCUCGUGGCCACAUCUUCAACCCUUGUGUUGGCCUACAUUAUGGGAACGUUGAUGUGCUUGCUGAUAGAGAUACCGUGCUCCAACGUACAGAAACAUUUGUUCUUCUUCAAAAAAGAAAAUAUCUACAAAGAAGAGAUACAGCUGGUUUGCAAUGGAGAACGCACCAAUCAGAAGGAUCCAAUUGAAGCAGAAACGAAAGAAACAACAGUGGAAGCGUAAAUCAUUCUCGGGAUAUUGAGUGCUUGUUAAAUAGAGCUUUUUUCUCGCUCUCCGAUCUACAAUCCGAUCCCAGCGACGAUGACAAAUUAGCGACAGAAAUCGUUCGUUCGACCGAACACUUCCCGGGUAAAAACGGUUCUCGGAAUCAUUGCACUGGGAAAGUGUUUCCAAUGCGGCGUGUUGGACAGGAGUUGGUGUAAAAGCUACAAUGGCUUGGUUAAGUUCUAGUAGGGUAGGGUUUCAGACUACAUUUUAUGAUGCAAAAAAAAAACCAGUCCGCAAUCCGUUGAUCCAGUUGCGUUUUCCGGUGGACUAGACAGAAGUAGCAGCAGCGACUAGUGCCGUUACGCAUACGAAUGUGCGUUAUGAUUAAGUCGUUAGGCGUGCUCUGAGUGAUUUGGACGGUAAUGUGAGCACCGUCAAGUCGAGCUGGAGGAAUAUUUAUGCGAUAAGGAAAUCGUGUAAAUUAAAACGAUUUAUUGUUAAUUAUUUUUGAAUAACAUUAAAUUAACUAAGCUAUAUGGCCUCCGUCUUAUUUGAAUAAAAAAAAGUUAGAUUAACUAUACUGGAUUAAAUUAGUAGUAAGGAUUCGGAAUUUAAUUUGUUGCUCUAUCUCAUAACACAAGUCAACAGAUCAAUCCAUCUUUGGGUCUACUUUUCCAUAUUAAGACUAUCAACACUAUUCAACUAAUCCACUAAAUUUUUAAAGCGAAUGAACUUUUAGUUUAUGAAGAUCAAGCAAUAACACUAAGUAGAAACUCGUUCUAACAAACCACCUGUGUGGGUACCACCAAUCUGCAACGCAAAUAACUACCCCGUGUGGACAAAAACGCUUCAUAACUGCUACUUCGCCGCUGCACGGAUAGAAAUUAUUCUAAUGUCUCGAAACCUACACACCAUUAUUUGUGCAUUUGCAAACUUCUAAUGUGCGUCUGGCGGGCUGCUACAGCUUUUGAUUUUACCGUGACGCAACUCGGUUGGUUGGCGCGGCGGAAUCCAGCCCGGACUCUUCUAGACAAGCUGUCCGAAGCUUCAUGCACAAGGACAGCACCGGAAGAGAUGCUGGUGGAAAAUUCCAUUUACAAUAAUACUGUGUUGGCUCGGUGCCAUAUCAUUUAUCUUUGGAGGCUUGUCACUUAUGCCACCCAAUCACCACCCCCGUAGCGAUCGUAGUGGCGGUUCUAGAAGAGUCGUGGCC